AAUGUUGAACAUCUGCACGCCUCCUUUCGAUUUCAACUAAAUUCCAUCGCUAGGAUUCGUUUUUGUUGUUUGUAUAGAGGGUUCGGGUCUCGACAGACCUCAUUUGCCAUUAGCUCUCGUGGAAUGCUUAUCGCGAUGAUGCCAAAUGAUAAGAUUGCUGUAGAUUACCACGCGCUCUACAUUGACUCACAUCCUGCCACGUGCCCAGUGCUUCUAUUGAGCUUUCUUGUAUAUUUAGUCUUUUGCAGUUAAUAAACUGGAAGAGUAUGCAAAGGCUUGCACUAAAAUCUACAAAAAAUCGAUUUUAAAUUUAAACGUCAACGGGAAAGAAAUCAACUAGAAGAAGUAAACAGAAGCAAGGGGCAUGCACAAAACAAAACAAACCGUGCCCGGAUAAAAACAGCUCGCUUGACAACAACACAAACGCGCACCCAACGCACGCCAACACAUAAUCGUCCCAAUUGCUGAGCAGAAAACUGUGCUAGAACUUAGCUGGGCUAACAGAUUUCGAAAAAAACGAAUCCUUUUUGCUUACAGGACAUUCAACUUUAAGGCUAGCCAACCAUACGAACCAUGUACACAGCAAUGAUAUCAACGGCGAUCGCUGCGAUCGUAGGAAUUUUCGCGGCAAUACACAUAACAAAUAAGCUGCGGAAUUCCCCUCACCGGAACAACCCAGGAGCAGAACGUGCUUCCAACACGGACGAGCCAGAACCAGUGCUGUGCGAAACCUGCCAUAUACCACAGAUUGGCGAUGCAUCAGCGUGGAAAGUGUUUGAAUGUGGCCAUUGCUAUCACCAGCGCUGUUUGAACUUGUUCGCUUCUCCAAACUGCUAUGAGUGUGAAGUCCAAAAUGCGGCCACAGGUCGGCGGAUGGGUGAUAGUUAACGGUGCUUAACGCUGGUGUGGCUUAUGGCACCAAGUGACACUUUGGGGCUUAUCACGAAAGCUAACUGUUUGCCGUUUUAGAAUACGAAUAAUAAUAUAUGAAUUUCAAAUCCGGUCUUUCGUGAGCGUAGUGAAUUGGGUCGACACUGCGACAAGCCUCACCGUGUUUGAUGGAUCGACGGGACCUCAUCGUUCAAGGAACUGUUUCAUGGAAGGGACCUGGUAGUCUACAGGCUGCCAAUCGCAACAGUGGGCACGGUUUAAUGAAGUCCCUCUCUCUCUCUCUCUAUCUUUGGCACAAUCUCAUCAAUUAUACAUAUCCAGACUGGCCGUCCAUCCAGCGUCUAGGAUGGACCGGUUUGACCCGCAAUCAUAGCAUGAGGAACGAAAAUGGGUUAGCAUAGUACACAUAGCAGUUGCUGUACAAUUGUUGGCAUGGCAACAGAGUAGAAGACACUACUUAGGUCAUGACUGUGUGCAAUGAUCUAAGAAGGCUUUUUGGCUGAGAGAGAUUUAUUCAACGAGCAGCAUUGACGAUAAGGUACUCGGUAAGUUUGAUCGCUAAUAGCUGCUUAUCUAUCACAAUCGAUGGAAUCGAUGAUCCCCUCGUUGGGGGUUUAUAAUGGGACAACCGGUGUUUGUUCCGGAUUGUCCGGUACCAUUCUCAUAUCAUGACCCCUUCACUACAUGCCCUAUAAAGUGAGCAAGCGAAAGGUAAAGCAAACGAUACAACUUUACUUGGUAGAGAAUAGAGUCGUCGAGAAGCAAAGUUUAUUGUUUUAAAGUAUAUUAUCACUGUUCAACCGAUUGUGGCACGGCGUAGUAUUAUCUUCCUAAAAAAAAACAAACACAAAAAAGAUUUUCUGAUUAAACAUGGGAUUCACGUUU